GCACGCGGAUGCUGUCCCCUGACACGGAGGGCGUCGAAGGUGCUGCCGCCGUUCUGCUCAUGAAGUUCGGGAUCGACCGCUUCGGCGUCUGCCUCGGGCGGGAGCCCGGGUCGCCUGGCUACUUCACCUGGAACGACGACAGCCAGGAGAGGUCGACUGCGCACUUCACCACGCUGAGGGUUCCGCAGACAGGCUACUGGAUGCUUCCUCUGACGGACGUCAGCAUCGGCAACACGGUGAUCGAUUGCUCUCAGGGCUGCGGCGCCGUGGUCGACACUGGCACUUCCUUGCUGGCGAUGCCUGAUUCCGCGCAGGCCCGCCUGGAGAGGGCGGUCGCCCACCUCAAGGGGGAGUGCGGGGACCUCUCGAAAUGGCCCGACUUCCGCUUCAAGCUCAGCGGGAGGCCAUUCUCUCUGCCGGCGGACAGCUACGUUGGCGCCGUCGAAGGCGACGUGUCCGAGGAGAUGCAAACCAACUUCAAGCCUAAGCCCUCGAGCGCGGCAACAAGCCUGUACGCCACCAGCUCCAACAAGUCCCAGGCGGAUAAGUGCGAGGUCUCCGUGAUGAACGUGGCGCUGGACUCCGACCUCGGCGCGAUCUGGAUCCUCGGCGCCCCGUUCUUCCGCAAGUACUACUCCAUCUUCGUCCAGAGCCAGCACUCGCCCUCCGUGAGCUUUGCGGUGGCGUCGGACGAAUGCAAGCCGAUGUCCGCCACGGGCAUGCUCCUGAAGCCCCCGAGGACCCUGCCCAGGCGCAUCAACGCGUCGAGCGUCCGCAUAUCGCCAUGGGUGAAGAGGUUCAACGCCAUGGAGGUCAACCGCUCGAACGAGACGCGGAAGCUCCCGCAUCGGAAGUGA